GGUGAGCAAGGGAGCAAACAGCUUGAGCCAUAAUUGAAAGGGAGAGAGGUGGGUGGCUCAAGCUUGGUCUCUGAUCAACAAAGAGCUUACAAAAUAAAAAUAAUAAACUUUCAAAGAUGCUGAUCUGUAUCCCUCCACCACCUGAAAUCUGAAGUAGAUUUAAUCCUGUCGUGGUUUUCUGUUACCUUUCCUAAAUAUCUGCAGGGUCUAUUUGUUUGAAAGGUCCAUAAGCAUUGAGCUGUAUUUAUGUACAGGGCGGGAAGCAAAUGAAGACACAUUUUUCAUAGAAGAUGGUCACCUGUGUAAAUAUAUAAAGCAGUUUGAUCUGAUCCAGAAAUGUCCACAGCAAAUGUGGAUAUAACCCUGUCCAUCACAGUUAUAAUUUCAACGAUGGAGUGAUCAAUUGUUGCACAUCAUGGAGGCUUGUGAGGGGCAAGCUAUUUCUGAGAUCCUCCGAUUGAAUGUGGGAGGUUGUUUCUUUACAGCAAGACGAAACUCCCUCUGUCGUUUUAAAGACUCAAUGCUUAGUGCUAUGUUUAGUGGACGAUUUCCUUUGAAACUAGAUGAAUCAGGGGCUUGUCUUAUUGAACGGGAUGGAAAGCUCUUCAAGUAUCUCCUGGAUUACCUGCACGGAGAACUCUGCAUUCCCGAGGAAGCAAGAACUCGUGUUGCAUUGCAGGAAGAGGCAGAUUACUUUGGCAUUCCCUAUCCCUACAGUCUGACAGACUAUUUAUCCAGUGAGAUGGAGAGACAUUGCUCAAAAUCAAAUAUUGAAAUCAAAAAGGCACUGACAGACAUGUGUGACUCCUAUGGUUUAAUCUGUACAAACCCCAUGGUGUGGGUCUUACACUAUCUCAAUACUUGUGGUGCCAGCUGUGAAAGCAAGAUCCUGGGCGUGUUUACAUCAAAGGCCGAAGGGAUUGCAGCCAUUGAAAAACAGCUGGGAGGUAGAAUAAAAAGCAAAAGUAUCUUUAAGAGGGAAGCUGGAAACAACUUACAAUACAUAUGGAGCUACUACUCAGCUGAUGAGCUGAAGAAAAUGAUGGAUGCUUUUGACUCUUGGGAAGGACGAGGUGUCAGUUAUUGGAGAGUGCCUCAGGAGUUGAUAGAAUGUUGGACACUUGAAGGCCGACCAUUGCAAAGUACCAAGGAGAUGGUGGCACCAAUUCAGAAGCGGCACUCUGUGGUUGCAAAUGAGAUAGAGUUGGAAAGACCCAAAAAAACUCACAAACCUGUGGAGUUUUCUGGCCCAUCCACCAGCACCCGGAUUAAAGUGAAGAAUUCUGGAUUAGUCAAACUGUCAACUCCAGCUGCAACUCCAAAGACUGCAUUAAACUCCUCGGUUCAUCUCAGAACCACAGCUGUAAAGAGACCAAGUACAGUGGAGUUUGUAAACCACAGGACAGCACCUUCCAGUGACAGGGGAUCAUCUGGAUCAGGUGCCCAAAACUCAGAUGUCAAAUUCCAAAAUGCUGGAAGUGCCAUAGACUCUGGAUGCACAGUAGCAGUCAAGAUGCCGGAGAAGAAAUUAAUAGUAAAUAGAGUGAUCAAGUUGAAAAGAAAGCCACCAUCAGCAACUGUUGUAACACCAGCAGAUGAUCCCAAAAGAAAAAGUGAUAUAAAUACAGACCCUCAACAUAGAGCUUCAGAAAACCCUCAGACGUCCAGUUCAGUGAGCCCAAUGGCUGACUGUCUAGAGGAUAGAUCUGAAAGUGCUAGGAAAAAGGAUGAGAAUGGAUAGAUGGCUGAGCCUUGCAAGAGAGAGGAGACGACAGACCAUUAUAUGGUUUGUUAAGAAUGUGUUUGAAACCUGUUGAUGAUUAGCAUAAUUUCCAAAGAAAUGUCAUUGCUAGAUCAGGAAUUCAUAAGAGUCACCUAGGUAAAAGUGGAAAAUUUUGUUGUUUCAGUGGUAGUUCAACAGAUUUAACACUGAUCAAAGAGAAAAUCGGUUUGAUCUCUGAUCAGAGCAACAUUACCGCCUCCUGUUUUGAUGAUAUUUUCGGUUUAUGGAGCACUUCUAGUGGAUGGAUGGGGAAAUUAUCAAGCUUUCCAGCCUAAAUACGUAUUCAUCUGCCCUCCUGGAGUAGUGUGUGUGAGUGAGUAUGUGUGUGUGUUGACACAGGGAAUAGAUGUUUAUGAUUUCUCCAUCUCCUACAUCUAUAAUGAAGUGACCUACUCAUUAUUAGUACUAAGCAGUGAACAAGCUCCAGCUACUGUAGAGCGAUUGUUAAGUUAAAGACUGUCCCAGGCCUUAUAAGCUCAUCAGACCGGUGCUUAUGCUGGUUUCCAUGGCGUGAAGCAACUGAGAGUACCUCCCCCCCCCCCCCGCCGGAUAGGAUGCAUUGUUAACCCCCAGCAUUUUGCCAGUACCCAUUUUCAGCUGGGUCAACUGGAGCAAUGUGUGGUUAAGUGCCUUGCUCAAGGGCUCAAACUCACGACCUUCAGAUCAUUAGUCCAACACCUUAACCACUUGGCCAUGUGCCACACAUAGAGCAUUUGUGGUCUGUGGAAUAAACAGCUGCAAGUGAGAAGAAAUUGGUAAAAAAAAAUUUCAAAUGAAAAUUAAAGAUUUAGUUACAAAAACUUUGCUCUUCCACAAAAUAAAUCUAUGUGCACUUUGUACCUCUUCUCUGCAUUCACGGUGGUCCUGAAAAGUUACCUGUAGUCUUGACCUGAAACAUCAACUGCCCAUUUCACUCCGGAGAUGUUGGCUAACAUGAGGAUUUUCUUCAGCUUUUUGUGUGUUGUUCCAGAUUCAAGAUUUGGGAUGUCUAGAUAGUGUGAAGCUAUUACAGUUUGGACUGUGGGAGUUCAGGGUUUUAUUCUGGCACUGUUUGUACUUUCUCCCUGGGACCACGUGGGUUUCUUCCAGGUGCUCCGGUUUCCUCCCACGGUCCAGACAUACUGGUUAGUGGCUUAACUGAUCAUUGUAAAUUGUCCUAUGAUUAGGGUAGGGUUAAAUUAGGAGGUUCUUGUGCUGGAAGGCCUGUUUGGUGUGUAUCUCUUCAGUAAAAAAAAAUAAAUAAAUUCCAUAAUGUGCAGUCUAUAAUGUCCCUUAAAUCAAUGGUCUUCACUGACAGUUGAGAACCUUCCAGUAAACCAUGCAUCUGAAUUCAGCCCGUUUAAUUACAGCAAAAUAAGUGGAUUCUGGUGUAAGGUGAAAGAAUGCUGCUUAUUACAGCAUCCAAGCAAUGGAAUAAACAGCAGCUAAAUUAUCCUCAAGGAAGAGUGUAUAUGAUCAGCUAGUAAUAAUGGGCAUGCAAAAUAGAGGAAAUUUUGAUUGACAAAUUGCACCUUCUGUAAACACUACCUGUCCUCGUUUUCUCAUGUUCUUGGUGUAGGGGAACCUUUUGCCAUUUAUAGUACGUUAUUUACAUUGUGUUUGUGCAACUAUGUGUGAAAGAGACAGCCGACAUGCUAGACAAACAAUUUAGGGAGCAUGAGAUUUUAAGCUUAAUUUGUAAAUUUUACAGGCUAACGAAGUGGAGUUUUUUGAUAUUGCUUGCCAAAUCUUUCAAGUCCCUACUGGUUUUGAGUUACCAAUUUUAGCUAUGCCACGUGUUAGGGUGCAUAAUGAAAGUGUUUUUUUCUAUUCACUCCAGACAGUGGUACUUCAUUAUCAGACUGACUGGGGUUGUUGUAAACUACAAGUUGGUGAUCUGCCUGUUUCUAUUUUGGGUAAAUAUGUCAUUUGGAAUGUCCCUUUCUUUAUUCUGACAAUAAAUUAAGAUAGCUUAAAACAAAGUUGUGUUUUUAUCAGGUGUGCAAAGGCAACUAUGUUGCCUAGUCAUAAAGCACAGACUACCUUUUGUUCAGUUUCCCUUUGUGUUUGGCUUUCUUGGUCUUGCUCAGGUCUGGUGUCCAUUUUAAUUUGAUAUAUUUGGUUAGCCUGUUAAGAAAUUCAAUCAGUUCUUUUCUGUUCUUAGGAUGACUUACUUGGUUAGUUUUUAGAAAAAAAAAUUCUGACUCAAGUCAAUUAUAACAUUAACAAUUUACUUUGGGAUAAAGGCCUUAUGUUUUGGGGUUAUACGUAGAAAAGGAAUUUUGUGUGAUUAGGACAAUGGUGCUCAGAAGCUGGCAUUUUCAGUGCACUCAGACACAGAGCAGCAGAACUCGAGUGGUGAGCAGUAUUCAAACGCAUCAUUUAGAGAAGUUAAAGAGUUGUUGCGCUGCUGCAUAUCACUUAACCCAUUUAUAUCAUGAAUGUGUGAGAACUGAACAGAUGCACUGGAAAUAAAUGCUUUAAUGUAAAACCAUUAUUGGCUACAGUUUUAUAUUUAAUUUGUAUGCUCCAUAUUGUACAGGUGAUCUGUUUGUUUUUCUAGAAAAUAAAUCAUUAUUGUGCUUGU